AUGGCCAAGGAACGCGUGAAGCCUGUUGAGGAGGACGACAAAGGGUUGCUCCUGACGAUGGGCAAGCAAGUCAAAGAGCUACACGCAGCGAUUAAGAUUAUGUUUGACGCGUGGAAGAAGUCGGAAACAUGGAGCAAGAACGUCGAGGCAGAGCUUCGCGUGGUCACUUCGGAGCUGCAAACAGUUAAGAGCGAGUUACAGUCUGUUAAAGGAGAGCUACAAGCGAUGAAAGAACGCGUUGAAGACGAAAGCGCUAAGACGAACGAGAACCUCGAAGCAAUCGUGGCAGGGGCUGCGACGCGGAACAGCCCAAGUGCGUCAUACGCGGACGUCGCGCGAAGCGGCUUACGCGGGCAAGGUCGCGACUCGCGGGUAGCUACGCCGGGCAACGCGACGCCGCCGAGCCGCAGGGACCCCUUAUUCUGUACGAUCGACACAUCGAGAGUUGAUGAAAUGAGCGACAAGCCCAACGCAGGUCGGAUCCGGGCUGCGGUGGAGAAGGAGAUGCGCGCGAUGGACGGACAGGGCAGUUGGCGCUGUCGGGCCAUCACAGUAGACCCAAGGAACGCGGAUAGGAUUCGGAUCAUUUGUCGCGACGAUGCUGAACAUAGGCUUGUCAAGCAGAUCGCGGAGAAGAGCUUCGGUCCCGGCACACGAGUUCUACAGGACGAACUCUACCCCGUGAAGAUCGAUAACGUGAAGAGAACCGAGGUACUGGAUGAGAAGGGCAAUGUCAGGGCUGAAGCGGCAGAGGCACUUAGCCGAGAAAACGAGACCACCGUUGCCAAGAUAUCUUGGCUGAGCAAGAAAGACAUGCCCAAGGCGUAUGGGUCCAUGGUCGUGUUCGUGACCAAGGCCAGUGACGCGCAUAGACUGAUCUCCGAGGGCUUCUUCCACGUUGGAGGAGAGUCCGGCACGACGAUGGCAUUUGAGCGGCGGCCACGUCCCCAACAGCGCUACAACUGCCAGCAGAUCACCAGGCACAAGGCGUAUCAGUGCGCAAACCCCCAGGCUGAGGUCCACGAGAGUUUGAUGAAUGACGAGGCGCUGCGCGACUUCACGGCCAUAGCGGUGCAGGAGCCAUGGGCGCGGAGGAUAGAAGGUAAGGCCAUUACUGUUCCGAUGGGACAUAGCAGGUGGACGAGGAUGGUACCGACGGAGUGGAGGGACGAAGGAAGAUGGGGAAUCAGGAGUUUGCUGUGGGUGAACAGAGAAGUAGAGGCGGAACAGGUGCCGAUAGCGUCCUCGGAUAUUACUGCGGCCGUUGUUCGGCUUCCGGAUCGAAGGCUGCUGGUGGCUUCGGUGUACGUGCCGGUGCAGAAGCCGGAGAUGCUGCGGCAGGCGUGCAACCUGCUGAGACAAGCUAUCACGAAUGUCCGAGUAGGAACCGGUGAAAGGGUGGACGUGGUUCUGGUAGGAGACUUCAACUGCCACGACUAUCUGUGGGGAGGCGACAAUGUGUCGGAGGGCAGGCAAGGCGAGGCAGACCCGAUCAUUGAUCUGAUGAGCGAGUAUUCGCUCCGCAGCCUCCUUCCGCGUGGCACGAAGACGUGGGAGAAGAACGAGGCGGCAACGACAAUCGACCUAUCCCUCGCGUCCGAGGAGCUAGCAAGAACGGUGGUACGAUGCGCCCUGCACGAGACAGACCACGGGUCGGACCACCGGGCGAUCGAGACGACCUUCGACAUUGCCGCGCCUGAGAUGGAAAGCCGACCACGGCUCCUCCUCAAGAACGCUCCAUGGAAGCAAAUCAACGAGAGAGUAGAAGCAAACCUAGGGCGAAUGCCAACGGGAGGUACAGUGCAGCAGCAGACCGAUCGACUGAUGUCUGUGGUGUGCGAGGCAGUAGAAGCACUGACCCCCGAAGCCAAGCCAUCUCCGUAUGCGAAGAGAUGGUGGACAGCCGACCUCAACCAGCUACGGCAGAUCCACACUCACUGGAGGAACCGGGCGAGGGCGGAGAGAAGGGCAGGUAACACCCAACCCGAGCUGGAAAAACGCGCACGCUCGGCAGCCAAGCAAUAUCACGACGCCAUCCGACAACAGAAGAAGAGCCAUUGGGAGGACUUUCUAGUCGACGACACAAACAUCUGGAAGGCCGCCAAGUACCUCAACGUCAGCAAAGGGGCUUCCCUCGACAAGAUUCCCCAUUUAAAAAGAGCCGAUGGUUCCCAAACGGAAGACGCCGCAGAACAGGCCGCAGAGCUACUUUCCACAUUCUUCCCUCCUCUUCCCAGCAGGAUCGAGGAGGAGGGCGAGCGGCCACAGAGGUCGCCCGUGCCUUUCCCCGACCUGACGUUGGGAGAAAUAGAGAGACAGCUCUUUGCGGCAAAGUCGUGGAAAGCUCCCGGAGAAGAUGGUCUGCCGGUGGCAGUGUGGAAGCACACAUGGCCGGUGGUGAAGGGGAGGGUCCUCUCACUUUUCCAGGCCUCGCUAGAUGAAGGGACGCUGCCUCAGCAAUGGCGACACGCCAAAAUCAUCCCGCUGAAGAAGCCAAAUAAAAGCGACUACGGCGUGGCAAAGGCCUGGCGACCGAUCUCGCUGCUCUCGACGCUCGGAAAAGUGCUCGAGUCGGUCCUGGCAGAACGUAUCUCGCACGCGGUCGAGACGUUUUGCCUCCUCCCUACGAGCCACUUUGGCGCUCGCAAGCAGAGGUCGGCGGAGCAAGCGCUGGUACUGCUGCAGGAGUACAUCUACAGAGCGUGGAGAAAGAGAAAGGUGGUCAGUCUGGUCAGCUUUGAUGUCAAGGGAGCAUACAAUGGUGUGUACAAGGAGAGACUACUUCAACGACUCAGGGCACGGGGUAUGCCUGAGAAGCUUGUGAGAUGGGUCGACGCUUUCUGUUCCCAUCGUACAGCAAGCAUAUUGGUCAACGGUCACGAGUCCGAGGCUCGUCCGCUACCACAAGCCGGUCUGCCUCAGGGCUCGCUGCUAUCGCCCGUGCUGUUUCUCUUCUUCAAUGCCGACCUCGUACAACACCAAAUCGACGAGAACGGGGGCGCGCUGGCCUUCGUCGACGACUACACGGCGUGGGUCACCGGACGAUCGCGAGAAGCAAACCGGGAAGGCAUCCAGAACAUCAUUGACAGAGCACUUGAGUGGGAACGACGAAGCGGGGCGACCUUCGAGAGGGACAAGACGGCUAUCAUCCACUUCACGCGCAACUGGAGGCUGCCGCCAGACUCGACCGGCUUCAUCAUCAAACGCAAUACUGUCCGACCAAAGGACCACGUCAAAGUACUAGGGGUGACGAUGGACACGAAGCUUCGUUUCGAAAAGCACAUCGCAGACGCGACGACAAAAGGGCUGGAGGCCGUGCUGGGACUCAGACGGCUCAAAGGUCUGUCACCGGUAACGGUCAGACAGCUUUUCGUCGCGGCCGUAGCACCAACGAUGGACUACGCGUCGAAUGUCUGGAGAUAUAGAUGUCGCGCAGCGCAGAUGAGAGCAAUCAACCGAGUGCAGAGGAUUGGCGCCCAAGCGGUCGUGGGAACCUUCAACACAGUGGCCACAGCGGUCGCCGAAGCGGAGGCAAGCAUACAAUCGGCGCAAGAGAGAUACGACAGAAAAUCAACGACAUUCUGGGUGCGGAUGCGAAGCCUUCCCAAGACCCAUCCGCUUCGGCGUCUACGGGCGGUGGCCUUUAGACGGUUUCCAUCACCCUUCCAGUUGAUGGCGGAGGCCUACCGCGACCUACCUCUUGACAAGCUGGAGACUAUCGAAGGGUAUUCGAUCACUCCAUGGGAAGCCCGGAUUGACACAGCAGUCGACAACGACGCGGUCAAGGCCACCGAAGCAAUCCAGUCCGGGUGGGCAGUGAGGAUAGCGACGGCAAGUUCGGCAAGAAACGGGGUUGUGGGCUACGGAACGGUCACAAUGCUGCCUGCAUCACUCAGAGGGGGUGGCGGCGUGAUAACGGCCUCGCGCACACUCGGCCUGAGAACAGAACUGAACCCGUAUGUAGCAGAGCUGGCGGCGCUGGCAGAAGCGGUCAAGGCCCUACCCCAGAGGCUCGACUACCGGGCCAUCCACGUGUUCACCCGCAACAAAGCGGCUGUGCUAGCCAUCCGUAAACCGCGGCAGCAGUCGGGCCAACGAGAGAUCCGUCAACUAUACGCUGGCGUGCAAGAUCUUCGGAGGAAAGGCAACAGAGUCACACUCUUCUGGCUUCCAUCAGCAACAGAAUCAGACCUGUCGAAAGCGGCCAAAGCAGCAGCAAAGGAAAGCACAAUACCGAGCAAGACACCGCAGAAACGACCGGCCAGAGCCUACUCGACGGCACUUAGAAUCGCUUUGCAGAGCGUGCGACAGAAGUACAGAGCUUUGCCCGACAACGUAGGAGCAUUCUCGAAGAAGAUCGAUGUGGCUUUACCAGGAAAGCAUACGCGCGAGCUAUAUGAUGAGCUCUCUUGGAAAGAAGCCAGUAUCCUGGCGCAACUGCGCACCGGGAUGGCAAGACUGAACUGGUACCUGCACCAGAUCGGAGCAACUGCCUCGGCGCAUUGCGCCUGUGGGCAUGCGGCAGAAUCGGUCGAGCAUUUUCUCUUCCGUUGCACACAGUGGACGGCACAACGAACUCGGAUGCUUCAACAGACGGAAACGCAUAGAGGGAACCUGUCGUACUUUCUCGGAGGAAAGAGCGCAUCCGACCCUGAUGAUUGGUCGCCAUGCAUAGACGUUGUCAAAGAGACGAUCAAGUUUGCCAUGAGUACGCAGAGGCUGGAUGCACAGAUCAACCAGCAGCGAGAUCACACACCACCUACAUCAACACACUAA